AUGAAGGUUUUCAUUUGUGUCUUGGCCAUUAUGGUGGCAACAUGCUCGGCCGGAUUCUUCGGCGGUAGUUCUGUAGGUGGCAGCAGUGACAGCAAUGGUGGUUACAGCUAUAAAGGGGACGGUGGUCGAAGUUAUGGAGGUGGCGCUGCUUCUGGUGAAGCUGUUCAAACCGUUAAAGUUAUCCAUGAGCAAGGAGCUGGUCAAGGCGGCUAUAGUAGUGGUGAUGGAGGCUACGGUAGCGGUUUCCAAGAAGUCAAGACCAUUAAGGUUAUUCAUCAGCAACCAGCAAGAGCUUAUGGUGGUGGUGCAACUGAGGGUAAUGGUGCCCAAGAAAUCAAAACAAUAAAGGUGAUUCACAAACAACAACCUGGUAGCCAAUCUGAUGCUGUUCAAGGGGGUUACUCUUAUCGUGCUGGUGGUGUUGCUGGUACUGGUCAAGAAGUUAAAACUGUUAAAGUGAUUCAUCAGCAGCAAGCAGAUUCAAAUCCAGGUGGUUACUCUUUUGGAGGACAUAGUGAUGCCACCGAUCAGGAAAUUAAGACAAUUAAAAUUAUUCAUCAGCAGCAGGCUGGGGUCAGUCAAGAUGGUUACUCUGCCGGCGGUUACUCCACUGGAGCACAUAAUGUCGCUGCUGUCUACGGGGGCCUAGAUAUCAAGACUAUCAGAGUUAUCAAGGAACGACAAGAUAUUGGACGUCAAAGGGGUUUCUCAUCUGGUAGUUACUUAAACGGUGGUAAUACAGGUGUUGAAGCUUUUAAAACUUUUCAAGUUAUCCUUAAACAAGCAGGCGCUAAUGGUCAUGGUGGUUACUCUAAUGGGGGUGGUCACAAUGGUUACGCAGGUGGGGCAAGUGACGAAGUGAAAACCAUUCAAAUUAUUCAUGAACAAGGCGGUGCUACAUCUGCCGGUGGCUACCAUUCUGGGGGCCGUUACUUAACCAAAAGACCUGAAGAGGUUAAAACUAUUAAAAUUAUUCAUGAACAAGGCAGUUCCACUGAUGCUGAGCAUUACUCUGCUACUGAUCAAAGUGCUAAUUCUUACGGUAGAAGUCAAUCACCUGCUGGCUAUUCAGCCAGGAAUGUUGCGGAACAAGUCAAAACCAUUAAUAUUGUCCAUAAACAAGCUGCUGCUUCUGCCGGGUGUCAUGGUGAUGCUUAUGCUUCUACUGGAGCCAGUGGUUUCGAUGAUGCCGUCGAAACCCUUAAAUCCCUGAAGGUUAUCGGUGCUUUAAGUGCCAAUGGUGGUAUUGGUGCCGGUAGUUAUGUCAGUGCCUCCACUGCCGGUGGCUGGCAAUAA